GUGCCCAGACACGCCAGAAAGAGAUUGCCGGAGUUGUUCGGCAAUAAACGGAUCUUCACGAAUUUUUUCUGAGAAAAAACGCAGGAAGAAGGAAAACCAAAAAACAGAUUUAUAGAUUUUAUGGAUACCGGUUACUUCAUCACGGCGCAGCCUAAACCGUGUCACAACAUGAACGGGGAUUUAUUGAAACCUAUCCCGGGCGGCGGACACCACCACCCGCCCUCCGCCUCGACCAAAAACAGCAGGAAUAAACCCGAAAGCAAACCUGAGGUGGCGCAGGUGGUGAUGGACCCUAAGACGGGAAGGUCCUACAGUAAAGGGAAGCUUCUAGGCAAGGGCGGAUUUGCACGAUGCUAUGAAAUGACAGACCUUUCCAACAACAAAAUGUAUGCAGUAAAGGUGAUUCCACAGAGCAGAGUCUCCAAGCCCCACCAGAGGGAAAAGAUUACCAACGAGAUCGACCUUCACAGAUCCCUGUCGCACAAGCAUGUGGUGAAAUUUUCCCAUUUUUUCGAGGACAGUGAAAACAUCUACAUAUUCCUGGAGCUCUGCAGUCGGAAGUCCCUGGCACACAUCUGGAAGGAGAGACGCACUCUGACAGAGCCAGAGGUGCGAUAUUACCUCAGGCAGAUUAUAUCCGGUCUGAAGUACCUCCACAGCCGGGGGAUCCUGCACAGAGAUCUCAAACUAGGUAACUUCUUCAUCAAUGAGAACAUGGAGUUGCGACUGGGAGAUUUUGGUCUUGCUGCCAAGUUGGAGACGGUUGAACAGAGGAAAAAAACUAUCUGUGGAACUCCCAACUACUUGGCCCCCGAGGUCCUCAACAGACAGGGUCACAGCGCAGAGUCGGACGUCUGGUCGCUCGGAUGCGUCAUGUAUACUCUGAUGUGUGGCAACCCUCCCUUUGAGACACUGGACUUGAAAGAGACGUACAAGUGUAUAAAGGAAGUUCGGCACACUAUUCCCUCCACCAUCUCCCCUGCGGCACAGAAACUCAUCUCUGGUAUCUUGAAGAAAAACCCCAGCGACAGACUGACCCUGGAUCAGAUCCUCAAUCAUGAAUUCUUCACCAAAGGUUUUACACCUGACAAACUUCCAACCAGCAGCUGUACGAUGGUACCAGAGCUUCAUCCUCCAAGCCCUGCCAAGAAAUUCUUCAGUAAAGUGGCCAAGAGCUUCUUUGGGAAGAAGAAGUCGAAAGCGGAGAAGAGUCCAUGCGAGGAAAAAGAUGAGAAGGAUAUUUCCAAGCUAGUAUCUGGCAUCGUUAAGUGUUCCAUCAACCGGCAGAUAAGCUACAAAACAGUGGGAGCCAAUGAGGAGCCUUCUCCUGCUGGUCAGGUGGUCAACCCUGUGCCUCUGGAACAGACUCCUGCUGAGGAGGAAUCCAGGAAGUCAAUCUCCCGCUCUUUCAAGGGCACUAUGGCAAGCAGCACUGAACCAUGUGAGGAUGUCCUGACUCCUGCAGCCGUUGCUGAAGUUGCCAUGAAGUUGCUUAACAACUGCCUGGCCACCAUGCCUGCAGCUUCCAGAAACCCUCCCUGUUUGUCCAGGCCUCCUUCCUUCCUGUGGGUCACAAAAUGGGUUGACUACUCCAACAAGUACGGUUUCGGCUACCAACUCUCAAACCAAAGUAUUGGCGUUCUCUUCAAUGAGGGAAUACAUCUCAGCCUUUGUGACCAACGCAAGACUGUUCACUACUGCCUGACCAACAACAAACACUUCACAUUCCCAACUCAGUCACUACCCGAGCAGCUUCGCAGCCAGAAACAGAUUGUUGAAUACAUGGCAAACUACAUGGAGCAGAACCUGAUGGAGGGUGGAGAUCUCCCUUGUGAGGAGCACAGCUCCGGACCUCCUCCUCUUCUGCUUCAGUGGGUGAAGACUGACCACGCUCUUGUCAUGCUCUUCAAUAACGGCACCCUGCAGGUGAACUUCUACACAGACCACACAAAGAUCAUUCUGUCCAAGUCAUCCGACGACGCCUACCUGCUCACCUACAUCAGCCGGGAGCGUGUCUCGUACACCUACCUCCUCAGCAUGCUAAAUGAGCUGGGCUGCACCGCUGACCUACGCUACCGACUCAAAUAUGUGGUCCAGCUGCUCCAGCACCACACUGAUGCCUGAGAGCACAACCCUGUGCUCCAUAGGCGGAGUGGAAGAUGCUUUAGAAGCAGCCAAACCAGUUACGGACUUCCUUUUCUCCCUUACUGGCCUUUGCUAUUUUUGUUUACUUUUCUCCAGGCAGAGCAGAGGGCGGGUAAAGCCUGUUUUUUUUUUUUUUUUUUACUGAUGAAAAGCUGCUCAAAUUGAGUGAGUGACAAUCUAACCUGGACUGUCGUUGCCGGGGUGAUUGGUUUGAAUGACCUUGACAAUGUUGAGCAACUGUGAAGUUACCCAAAGAAGCUUCUGCCUGAAGGGUUUGUGCCUACCAGUUCUUGCCUCGAAUGGUAUCCACCUGGAAGGUUUAGAUACCUGAAAGAAGGGAUCGGUACCUAGUUUGAAAUGAUAGAGAGGGCGACCAUGAAGAGCCGCUUAACGUUCCUUUUCUUACUCAGAACCACUGGAUCUUUGAACGCCUAUGACCCUGCAGCUGUUCAGCCGGCGACUGACUGGCAGGCACGGUUUCUCAAAGGUCCAAGAACACUAAAAGAAACAAACUGUUUAAACUGCUUGCGAGUGAAAAGGGUUGAUCUUGUGAUUGAAAUGCAGUGAGGCUCACUUUUUUUUUUUUUUCC